AUGGCCGCUGUUGACGUCAACCACACAAUUACUGGGCACAAGGCCGCUAUCAUCCGUAACUACAAUACCAACCCAAGACUCAUCUACCAAACCGUUUCUGGAGUCAACGGACCACUUGUCAUCCUCAACGAUGUGAAAUUCCCUCAGUUCUCUGAGAUCGUCAAGAUCACCCUUCCAGACGGCACCAUGCGUUCCGGACAGGUUCUUGAAAUCACCAAGAACAAGGCUGUUGUCCAGGUUUUCGAAGGAACCUCUGGAAUUGAUGCCAAGAACACCAUCUGCGAGUUCACCGGAGAUAUUUUGCGUACUCCAGUCUCUGAGGAUAUGCUUGGACGUAUUUUCAACGGAUCCGGAAAGCCAAUUGAUAAGGGACCACCAGUUCUUGCUGAGGAUUUCUUGGAUAUCAACGGACAGCCAAUCAACCCAUGGUCCCGUAUCUACCCAGAGGAAAUGAUCCAAACCGGAAUCUCCGCUAUCGACGUCAUGAACUCCAUUGCCCGUGGACAGAAAAUCCCAAUUUUCUCCGCUGCCGGUCUUCCUCACAACGAAAUCGCAGCCCAGAUUGUACGUCAAGCAGGUCUCGUUCAACUUCCAGGCAAGCCACAUGAGCAAACCAACUUCGCUAUUGUCUUCGCUGCUAUGGGAGUUAACAUGGAAACUGCUCGUUUCUUCAAGCAAGAUUUCGAAGAGAACGGAUCCAUGGAGAAUGUGUGCCUCUUCCUUAACUUGGCCAACGAUCCAACCAUCGAACGUAUCAUUACUCCACGUAUUGCCUUGACCGCCGCCGAAUUCCUAGCCUAUCAAUGCGAGAAGCACGUGCUUGUCGUCUUGACGGACAUGUCCUCAUACGCUGAAGCUCUUCGUGAGGUUUCCGCUGCUCGUGAAGAAGUGCCCGGACGUCGUGGUUUCCCCGGAUACAUGUACACUGAUUUGGCUACUAUCUACGAGCGUGCCGGUCGUGUCGAAGGAAGAGAUGGAUCCAUUACCCAGAUUCCAAUUCUUACUAUGCCAAAUGACGAUAUUACUCACCCUAUCCCAGAUUUGACUGGAUACAUUACUGAGGGACAAAUCUACGUCGAUCGUCAACUCCACAAUCGUCUUAUCCACCCACCACUCAACGUACUCCCAUCGCUUUCCCGUCUCAUGAAGUCCGCUAUUGGAGAGGGCAUGACAAGAGAAGACCAUUCUGAUGUUUCUAACCAGCUCUACGCUUGUUACGCUAUCGGAAAGGACGUACAAGCCAUGAAGGCUGUCGUCGGAGAGGAAGCCUUGUCUUCUGAUGAUUUGCUCUACCUUGAAUUCCUCGUCAAAUUCGAGAAGACCUUCAUUUCCCAAGGACACUACGAGAACCGUACCGUCUUCGAAUCUCUUGACAUCGGAUGGCAACUCCUCCGUAUCUUCCCACGUGAAAUGCUUAAACGUAUCCCGGAGAGCACCCUCGAGAAGUACUACCCACGUGGAGGAGCCAAGGAAUAA